UGGCCGAUGGGUAAAAUAUUUGAAAACAGUUGGUGCUAGAAAUGUCGCCGACGAAUUCUGCGUCAAAUGCGAAGUUUGGUUUGAAGAAAUCUGUGUUCUGUGGCUGUUAGCUGACAUGAAAGGAACAGUCAAACGGAAGGUGCUGACAUCUGGGAGGCUGAGUGGAGGGGUCAAAGUUCAACCAGUCAGGAGGAAAGGGACUGAUGAUCCAGGAGCAGCAGGACGCCCUGAACUAUCGUACUCUUUAUAUUCGACUGACUCUGAAGACCAGGUCAUUACUCUGCAUAAAGGCCUGGACCGCUGUGCUGCUUUGCUCAACGGUAUUUUAGAGGCUGAGGCAGUCGAUCGUCCUCAGACGGUGAAGGAUGGAUCUGCUAAACCCAGGUCCACCUCGUCAGUCGGAAAGAAAACCACAAAGAAACAAAUACCAAAGAAAGACCAGAAGCCCCAUAGUGGACCAGGUAGACCCAGACCCAGACCUGGACCACAUCAGUCCAGUCCAGCUCCACACACCGGAGUCAAGCUUCAUCUGUCCAAAAAACAACGCCAUGACCUGCAGUUGUCAAAAAGCCAAAUAUCGGAGCCCCGCCCCCCACCCACUAGCCCCACCUCCCUACCCCAGGCCCCUCCCACCCCUCAGGGGGCUGUAGGGCCCUCAGAUCGGCACCAGGACGAAUGUGGACGACCGACAGAACUGUGUGAGACGGCGCAUGGCGGUGGACAGGUGGACGCUGUAGAGACGGAUCGGAAACUGGAGACGGUUCAACGUCUGAUGGAUGAACUCCGAGCUCUGAUUGGACGAGACAGCAUUGUCGAAACUCUCCUUGAUCAUCUGGAACUGGCUGUGUCUGCGUCAAAUCAUGAACUACAACUGCACAACCACGACAAACAAACACACAGGAAUGCGAUGCUUCUGAGAGAACAGUUAAAGACGAUGGAUUUAGACAAAGAGCAGAGAACACAGAAUCUACAGGAGUCAAACGUGACGGUUCUCCGUGACGAACUGGCCGCCGCUCGGUGCGAACUCCACCGGCUCAGAGACGACGUGACAGAACUACGGAAAGACCUGAAGGACACACAGAACCGACUGACGGACAGAGAGACGGACAACCGGCUCCUGAGGACAGAGUUGGACAGAACCAGGAAACAUCUGCAGGACAGUGUUCACCAUCAGUCGCAGCUGUCGAUGCUGGUUCAGCAAAGACAGGAGGAGGUUGAAAAGCUCCAGAGGGUUCUGCACCUACACCAGUGGGGUCCAACGGGGCCCCCCCAGGACCGCAUCCACCAGUAUCUGAUGUCUCUGGGCCAGCAGGACCCCGCCCACCCUGAGGAGGAGGUGGGCGUGGCUACAGAGACAGACGGACAGAAAGCAGAGGACAAACGGACAGACUCUGCAUCGCUCAGACGGUCGUCACGUCCCGAUCACGUGGACCAAUCACACGGCGAGAAGCGCAGGUCUGUGUCCGAGUGCGACGUCGAGUCUGUAACGUACGACUGGAGCGUCAGGUCAGAGUCGACCUUUGACACCAGGGCGGAGACGGCCUUCAGAGACGGCCUGGCGGCGCUGGACGCCAGCAUCGCCAGUCUGCAGAAGACCAUCCAGAUGGAUUUAGUAAGAUGACACACACGCACGAGGGUUUAGUUCACACGAGGGUUUGAAUGGAUGUUCUGAAGGAUAGAACGCACUAACGAUUAUGUGAUGCAUUUAAUAUUGGAAAUAAAGAACACUAUGAAACCAA